GGGACGGGCGCAGCGCCGAGGCUGGAGCGCCAGCCCGCCACACAAAGGCGAUGGCCGAGGCGCGGCGGCGACGGCGGCAACAGCAGAGGCGGGCGGGAGACAAGUAGCGAAGGGGGCCUGGCUAGGCCCGGGGCGAGGACGGCGGCGGCUCGUGCUGUGGACCGAGAGAGGAGCGUCCAGUAUGGGAGGCGGAGGCUGCCCGCAGCCCUCGCUGCUGCUGCUGCUGGGGGUUCUGCUGCUGCUGCGGGCCUCGGCGGGGCCGGUCCCAGGCGAAGUGGACGCCGAGGGCUGGUUACAGUUCUAUGGCUACCUUCCGCAGUCCAACCGCCAGAUGUCCACCCUGCGCUCAGCUCAGACCCUCUCCUCAGCCCUCUCUGAGAUGCAGAGCUUCUAUGGCAUCCCUGUGACAGGCAUUCUGGAUGAAGAGACAAAAGCGUGGAUGAAGCGGCCCCGCUGCGGCGUCGCCGACAAGAUUGGGGCUCAAGUCAAGGCCAACAUGCGGCGGAAACGCUAUGCACUGACUGGGCGGAGGUGGAGCCAGGCUCACCUGAGCUUCAGCAUCCAGAACUACACAGAGAAGUUGGGGUUCUACUACUCUUAUGAUGCCGUCCGCCGAGCCUUCCAGGUGUGGGAACGAGUGACGCCCCUCAUCUUCCAGGAGAUCCCAUACGAUGAAAUCCGGCACAAGAGGAGGAAGGAAGCAGACAUCAUGGUGCUCUUUGCCUCCGGAUUCCAUGGGGACAGCUCCCCCUUUGAUGGCACCGGGGGCUUUCUGGCGCAUGCGUACUUCCCGGGUCCCGGUAUGGGAGGAGACGCGCACUUUGACUUGGAUGAGCCCUGGACCCUUGAGAAUGCCGACGUGUCUGGGAACAAUCUCUUCCUGGUGGCCGUCCAUGAGCUGGGGCAUUCCUUGGGCCUGGAGCAUUCCAACAACCCCAGCGCCAUCAUGGCUCCUUUCUAUCAGUGGAUGGACACAGAAAACUUCCAGCUGCCAGAUGACGACCUUCGGGGCAUCCAGCAGCUCUAUGGUCCUCCAGGGGGACAGCCUCAGCCCACCAAACCCCUCCCUACUGUGGUACCCAGAAAGCCAGGUCCCAAGCCUCCUAGACCACCCCCUCCUGGCAAACCAGAACAGCCCCCCAGCCCAGGCAACCCAGACCAGUACGGCCCAGACAUCUGCGACGGGGACUUUGAUACAGUGACGAUGCUCCGUGGGGAGAUGUUUGUGUUCAAGGGUCGCUGGUUUUGGCGGGUUCGUCAUAACCGGGUGCUGGACAACUACCCCAUGCCCAUUGGGCACUUCUGGAGGGGCCUCCCUGGGAACAUCGAUGCUGCAUAUGAGAGGCAAGACGGGCGGUUCGCCUUCUUUAGAGGGGAUCAGUACUGGCUUUUCCGUGAGGCAAAUUUGGAAGCAGGUUACCCGCAACCCCUGACCAGCUACGGACAGGGCAUUCCUUACGACAAGAUGGACGCAGCCAUCUGGUGGGAACCUACAGGGCACACCUUCUUCUUCAGAGGGGACAGGUACUGGCGCUUUGAUGAGGAGAGCCAUUCUGUGGAUCCAGGAUACCCAAGGAAGAUCAGCGUAUGGGCCGGAAUCCCUCAUGCCCCCAAGGGAGCCUUCUUAAGUUCUGAUGCCACCUACACUUACUUCUACAAAGGCAGAAUGUACUGGAAGUUUGACAAUGAGCGGCUGAAAACAGAACCCGGGUACCCCAAGUCGAUCCUGCGGGACUUCAUGGGAUGCCACGACGAGGUGGCCACAAACCCCGACCCCGGCCGCAGGUGGCCUGAUGUGGGCAAGCCCCCCUCCCGCCCCGAUGGCCCGGGACAGGACAAGGAAGAGGAGGUGGUGGUGGAUGAGGAAGACAAUGCCGUGGACACUCACCCUGCAGAGAAGGACAAGGAAACCGAAGCGGAGGACGAUUAUAGUGAUGGCGUGGGAGGCGGCCGGGAGCAGGGUCCUGGCCAUGGCAGCGAUGUGGACAUCGUGGUGCACAUUAACGAUUACCCCCUGACCAUGAGCAUCAUCAUGGUGACGCUGCUGCUCCUGCUCCUGCUCUGCAUCCUGGGCCUCGUCUACGUCAUUGUGCAGCUGCAGCGGAAGGGCACCCCACGCAUGCUGCUCUAUUGCAAGCGCUCCCUGCAGGACUGGGUCUGAAGCCACAGCUGACCUGGCUGCUGCUACUGCUGCUGCUGCUGCUUCCGCACCACCUCCAAGCUCCAUCAAGAGCUUUGGAGCGCAGGACAGGUGGGGAAACUGCCUUGUCUUCCCCCGGGCAUCUCUGGAGGAGAAGCUCUUGAAGUCUCUGGGCUCGUCUGGACCACGGCUCCCAGCAGAGUCUUUUCACAGGAAGCUCCCCCAUCCCUACCUUUGUGCCUCAGCCUUGGAUACCCCGCCUCCCCCCAGGCAUGGGCAGGUGGAGGGUGUGUGACUGACCUCCCCUGUUUGAUUGGCCUGCCCGAGUGACGGACAGCCCUUUGGAAAGGGUGCGGCAUGUGGCCUUCUCUUAACCUGUGGGUCUCGUCCCCCCUCGUCUACCUAAUACACGCAUGGCAGUCCAGGCUGUUUGCAGGUCUGAAGGAGGGGGCCCUGCUUCCCCAAUUUGUGUCUGUGCCACCCCUGCUGUGCAUGUACUCCAGAAACUGUGACCUGAUGCCCCCCGCCCCCUUGGGGGUGGGAGAGACACUUCAUUGCCUGCCAGGGCAAGUUGCUGAGUCCUCCCCCAUCCCCAGCCAAUGGGCUGCCCUGGACAGGUUGGUGUGCCCAUGGAUAGCUGCAGAUGUGUUCUCCCUUGGGCUCAGUAACCGACAUCCUGAAAACCUUGACUUUUAUUUUCAAAGGUGCUUCCUGUCCCACCCUGCCUCUUCAUUUGCAGAGCAAAACGUGGGAAACUUUUCUACUGUAAUUGCCAGAGCUACUACUGCUGUGAGGAGAUUGCGCAGGAAUAUUUGGAGAAGGGACUGUUUGGGUGCCCUGUGUGUGUGCAUGUCUGUGUGACUGUCUCCUUCCCACUAUGUGACUACUGCUCCUUACCUACCUCUCCCCCCGCAUUUCCUACUUCUCUUUGUUCCCAUUGCCCUGGUCUUUGCUGCAUAUCUUGGAAGCAGACUCUGCUGGGUGGAAUAGCCUUGAUGCAGACAUAGCCCUGGGGUUUGGGUUCCUGGGCUGCCUUGGAGGCUGUUGGGGGUGUUGUGCUGUAACUGUGAAUGAGGAGUGACCACGUGGCUUGAUUUCUGAGGCCCCCCUGUAUCACUUUGGAGUAGGCGAUGAUUCAGCUCCUCAGAGGAGGGACCUGAGCUGGUGUAAGGAUAACCCCUGGGCUUUGGAAGGCUGAGGACCAGUUUGUCCAUGGAAUAUAUCCUCUCUCCCAAGGAAGGUGGAGAUGUACACUCACCUUGCGUGAACUGAGUGCAUGAGACAUUUGCACAGGCAGUUCACCUGAAAAAUUGGCCACGGAAACUGCGCAAGUGUGCAUUUUCCUGAAAGUGGGAGGUGCAAGGAGGAUAGCCUUACUAAACCUAUGCAGGGUUGUAGAACUCGGCUCAAGGCCAUGAGAGAUUUAUGUUGAGAUCAGUUGGGCACUAGGGCUGCUGUCCUAACAGGUUUUGUUCUUUCCAAAGAGACUCUGCAACCACUCCUUGCAACACAGCUAUAGUUCCCUUGGUCUCUCAAGAUGCACUUCCAAGCAGCCCCAAUGUUUGAGGGGGAGCCUGCCCCCCUCCCUCUUUGGCCACUCUCUUGCCUCAGAGUUUCUGCCUCCAACUACCAACCGCCUUGCGUCGCAACAGGCAAAAGAAGCAAAGUUGCAUUGAUUUACAUAGAUUUCUGUGACUUCCAAGUGCCUUCACAUAGCAUUUUGGGGUGUAUUUCUUUGGACUGUAAAUAGGAAGGAUUCUGUAACCUGUACAUGUUAUACAAAUUAAGCGGGCCUGCUUGUACGAUCAUUUAUUCUGCUUCUGUCAAUGGUAAUGAGGACCAAAGAGCAAAGAACCCCCUACCCCUUCCCUAAUCACUGGAGAUCUAAUUUAAUGGCUCUUUUCCCUUUCUGAGGCUUCUCUAGGUGUUUUCCUCUCAGCUUUACAGAUAUUAAUAUUUUUAUGCUUGAAAUUAGCACCAUAUUGUGGCUUGUCUUCCUGUUCUCUGAAUCUCUGAAGCUGAGCAGACUGAGAAUCCUCUCUCAUCCCCCCUCCCUUUCUCAUUUGUAUUUAAAACAUGAUUGCCCUCCUCAGUCUUCUCUACAAUGACAGGAACACAAUCUCCUUGAUUCUGAAAAGGGAAACCCCCAUGCCAAGGAGUUGCCCCACAGGCCCUGUUCCUGCCCACUGCCCUCCUAUAGGCUUUUUAGCCUCUUAUCUCUACACUAUUUCUCUCUUUAAUAAUAAUUACAUGUAUUUUUGAAAACCUGGAGCUUUGGAAGCAGAAUUAAUGAUGCAGCAUAAGCAAUUGCACAUAAUUUUGGGGGGUUUUUUGUGGGUGGGUGGGAGUCCACAUAUAAACCUGGCUGUCUGCAUGAAGAAAGCAAAACCACCCCUACUUGGAGAGACCCUCUUCAGCCCCUUGCUCAAGCCUAGCUCAAUUUGUCCUGAAUAUGUUAUUUCCAGAAAAGUGAGCUCCAGAACACAUCAAAUAGUUGUUGUUUAAAAGACACACCAUUUUGCCUUUCUUAAGAGCACCCAGGUUCUCGUGUUCAGGCCAGGCCUGGCAGCAUCUGCUUCUUUCCUCCUGAUCCUCACUUGGGGUCCUGGCCCCAACUCUUCCCUCUUCCUCUAUUGUUGUUGCAGAAGUCAUCCAAUAUCUAGGUUGACUGACUUGGCAAAAUGAGCCUAAUUUUGUGCAUACACUGGUGUAAAACUUGCUGCUGUGAGUGUUGACAUCUCUGUGGUAGUGGGGUGGGGGUUGUGGCCUGAACCCAAGCAGUCUCCCCCAGCCCUGCCCUUCAUCCAAACCGACUUUCUCUUCCCCCUCCAUUCUAAAACCACAACAAGCUGUCUCCUGCUUUUACAUUGAUUGGAGCAAAGCAGAGUCAUGUGCAAAAAAAGAAGAAGAAGAAAAGGGGGGCACCAGGUCACAAGUAGAACUUCAGACACGGUUGAACCCCGAAACUUUAAAACAGCAAGAGAAAAUGAAACCCCAGCUUUGCUGUGGGGAUGAGGGCCAGCCUGCUGUUCUCGGAGCGUGCCUUCGAUGGGCUGAAUAUAUUGGUGCAUCUCCUAAGUGCAAAGACUGAAAAGCCAAUUAAUUUUCAAUGCUCAGAACUACCAAAAAAAUAAAACAUUCACAGCUUGCCAAUAAACCACAACAUUUGUGCUGACCUUUA